AUGGCCAGCAAGUGGGUUCCGCUCGAGGCGUCUCCCGAGGUCUUCAACGACUGGUCGCGUCCUCUCGGCCUCCCGGACGCUCCCUUGAGCUUCCAGGACCUCUUCUCUCUUGACCCCGAGUUCCUUGCAUUCACCCCGCAGCCUGUCCGCUCCGUCCUCCUCCUCUUCCCCUCGCGCGGCAAGCUUGCCGAGGCUCGCGAGGCUGAGGAGAAGACGGGCGAGGGCAAGUUUGAUGGCAAUGUGUGGUGGAUCAAGCAGACUAUCUCGAACGCGUGUGGUUCUAUCGGACUGCUCCACACCCUCCUCAACUUGCCCGAGGGCUCGCUCAAGCCCGACUCGCCGUUGGUCAAGUUCAAGGCCGAGACGCUCCCUCUUGACCCCCUGGCCCGCGCCAAGCUCCUCGACGAGGCCGACUUCUUCGAGGAGGCCCACACUGCCGCUGCCCAGUCGGGCCAGUCUGCGGUCCCCACCGACCUCGACGUCGACACGCACUUUAUUGCCUUUGUCGAGGCCACCAACGCCAAGGGCGAGAAGCGUGUCGUCGAGCUUGACGGAAGCCGCUCCGGCCCCUUUGACCGUGGACAGUGUACCGACCUUCUCCACGACGUUGCCAAGAUUGUAAAGGACAAGUAUAUUGACCGUGCCGAGGGCGAUAUCAACUUCAACAUGAUCGUCCUUGCCGGCGAGGCCGAUGACUAA